GACAGCACCGCUCCGACUGCGCGGCGGCGUCUGCGUGGCUUUUUGUGUGGGUUUUUUUUUGUUUGUUUUUUGUUGUUGUUGGCGGAGGGUCCACGGAGGGUCCACGGAGGGUCCACGGAGGGUCCACGGAGGGUCCACGGCGGAGCGGGGGGGCGGACGGUCAUGUGGUGUGGCCGCUGACGGUGCGUCGCUCCGGGGUCAGAAGUGCUGAGGAGCAGCGCGGCGCGGGGGACAGACAUGGGAUCCGCUUCCUCCUCGUACCGCGUCAUUUACCUGGACGUGGACGGACGCAUCCAGAAGGUGGUGUUCAGCAGAUACUGCAGCCCCUGUGACAUCAGAGAACUGUUCUGUACGGCUCUGGGACUGCCCAGGAACACCAACCUGUCCCUGCUGGACUCCACCGGGGCCAUGGUCUCCAUCGACCCCACCAUGCCCCACAACACGGAGAGGUCGGCGUACAAAGUGGUCCCUCUGGGCGGAGGACAGCUGGCAGAUAAGGAGGAGCUCUUCCAGAAUGUGCUGACUCAGGUGGCCGAGCAGUUCUCCAGAGCUUUUAAGAUCAACGAGUUGAAGACAGAAGUGACCAAUCGUCUGGCCAUGCUGGAGAAACGCGUGGAGUUGGAGGGGAUGAAGGUGGUGGAGAUCGAGAAGUGCAGAAAUGACAUAAAGAAGCUUCGUGAGGAGAUGGCGUCGCGGAGCACCAGUAACUUCCUGGAGGACAAUAAGAAGCUGACCCCGCGCAGAGACGUGCCUUCAUAUCCAAAGUACCAUCUGUCCAAGGAGACCGUGGAGGCCCUGAGGCUGCCCACGUUCGACGCCUGGCAGUGGGAGCCCAACGAGAUGCUGACCUGUCUGGAGCACAUGUACCACGACCUGGGUCUGGUCAAGGACUUCAACAUGAACCCCAUCACCCUCAAGCGCUGGCUGUUGUGUAUCCAUGACAACUACAGGAACAAUCCCUUCCACAACUUCAGGCACUGCUUCUGCGUCACACAGAUGAUGUACAGCAUGAUCUGCCUGUGCAACCUGCAGGAGAAGUUCACGCAGGUGGACAUUCUGAUCCUGAUGACGGCCGCUGUGUGUCACGACCUGGAUCACCCCGGAUUCAACAACACGUAUCAGAUAAACGCUCGCACUGAACUUGCCGUUCGUUAUAACGACAUUUCUCCUCUGGAGAAUCAUCACUGCGCCGUCGCCUUCCAGAUUUUCUCUCAGCCCGACUGCAACAUCUUCUCCAGCUUCGACCCCGAGGCCUUCAAGCAGAUCCGACAGGGGACCAUCACACUGAUCCUGGCCACAGACAUGGCUCGUCACGGAGAAAUCCUGGACUCCUUCAAACAGAAAGUCGACAGCUUUGAUUAUUCAGACGAAGAGCACGUCACCUGUCUCAAGAUGGUUCUGAUCAAAUGCUGCGACAUUUCCAACGAGGUCCGGCCCAUGGAGGUCGCAGAACCCUGGGUCGACUGUCUGCUCGAGGAGUACUUCAUGCAGAGUGAUCGGGAGAAGACGGAGGGUUUACCUGUGGCUCCGUUCAUGGAUCGAGACAAAGUGACGAAGCCGACGGCUCAGAUCGGAUUCAUCAAGUUUGUCCUGAUCCCCAUGUUCGAGACCGUCAUGAAGUUGUUUCCUCAGAUCGAGGAGGCGAUGGUUCAGCCGCUGCGAGAGUCCAGAGAUCGAUACGAAGAACUGAAACAGAUCGACGACGCCAUGAACGAGGUGCAGAAGAAGAAAAGCGAGAACCUCACCAUGGGAAGCAAGAAGAAGUGAGAGUGAUGAGCACAGUGAGUGUAGAUGGAGGACGUGCCUUGUGACCAGAGACCAGGACCAGGACCAGGACCAGACCUGUGCCCCUCCGGACCGACUCCGAACCGCCGCCUCAGGACCGUCGCCUCAGGGACCCUCCACCCGUUUGGUUUUUUACACUUUG